AACCAGCCGGCACAGUUCCAUGCGCAAACUCUACUUCGACAUCACGUUUAACGCUGUCGGUCAACAGCUGGUACCGCCGACACGCCGCAGUUUAGCUUUCGAUACCCGUUAAAACAGAAUAGGCGCACAAUAAUCAUCAGACAAAAUAUUUUUUCAUGUAAUACAUUUUUAAUGUUCAAUCAUUUAUUUGAUAAGCAUUCAGAAAUUCUCUGUAGGAAAUAUAGAGUGACCGUAAAAUUUUCCAGUUUCUGAAGCACACUUUAUGAUUGGUUAACAAUCCUUUUAGAGUUAUCAAUUCCAUUAACGGGAUUGUUAAUUGAUGUUGCGUGUUUAUGCCAAAAAUAAUUUUCGCUUAAUUUCAAUACACCAGUAGUAACGAUAUGCGAAUGUUCGCAGUAAUCAGCGAGUGUCUUGUGUAUCCACCAGCAAUUAUCAUAGAGCGCAUCUACGGAUUACAUGUUUUCACUAUGGUUUCUUCGUAUGUAUUUUCAUCGCAGAGCUCGGUCCAUCGUGAGAUAAUGGCCGAUGACAAUGGUUACUUGUUUACGACAACUCAAAAUAAAGCUAGGUCAGCUUCCAUUUGUGCUUUUGGUUUUCCUCCUAGUAGUACUGAACAUUUAAUGGCAUGUGCUACAGUUUCUACUCCACCACCUCAUCGACAUGUAAGCUCCAGUCCGUUUGCAGAAGACAAACGCCGUCGACCUGCAGCUCGAUCACAGAGCGCUCGUACAACAAGCAACCGGUCUAUACGCAAAAAAGCACUUGUGACAGCUGCUUCAGUAGCUCAUAAUCACGAACUUAGUGACAGUAAUACCAGUGUAAGGUCAGGCUAUAGUGAUCCAAGACUACACGAGUCUUCCAUUCAAGAAUCUACAGUGACCAAUGGUUUCAAACGAAAACCCUCAACAAGGAAAGCCCACAUGGGUCAUAGGAAAUCUGGUGCAUUUUUAGACGUACCUUUUUCAAUAGAAAACAAAAAAACGCCGGAACCUGAAGAACCUGAAAAUUCUUAUAGACUUAGAUCUUUUAGUUUCACUUCAAAAGGUAUAAUAAAUAGAGGUGACUCAUUCCGAAAACGUCGAUCAAGAAGUAACAGUUUAGCUAAAGACGACGAAUUUAAAGAAUGUACGCCUCCGAUAACCAAUAAACAAGAGAACGAAGACAUUACAUCUUACACCGUUGCUUUACUUGGUACAAGAGGAGUUGGUAAAACGGCACUAAUUAGUCAAUUUAUGACAUCAGAAUAUAUAAAUGCUUAUGAAAGACAAAGAGACACUAGUAAUGAAUCAUCGAUGCAAUCAGUUUGCAUUAUGUUAAAUGGUGAUGAGUCAGAACUUAGAUUUUUGAACGAAAGUGAAUUGAAAGAUGAACGACUUCCUCAACUUGCCGAUGCAUAUCUCGUAAUAUUUUCAGUAGUAGACAAAAACAGUUUUGAAAUAGCUGAAACAAUAUUAAAAAAACUUCGUGAACAUGAAUUAUUACGCUCAAGACCAGCUAUCCUAGUCGGAAACAAAGUUGAUAUGGCCAGAAGCAGAGAAGUAACAUCUCAUGAAGGCAGAUACCUGGCAUGUACGUGCCGGGCUAAGUACAUUGAAGUGUCAGUGGGCAUAAAUCAUAACGUGGACGAACUGUUAGUUGGAAUACUUACCCAAAUUAGACUAAAACGAUCAAAUAUUUCUGAGGAGCACGAACAUUGGUAUAAAAAUAGAAAUUUCUUAAAAGCCAGUUUAAAAGCUAGACAAAUGUUCACUUGGGUAUUUGGCAAAGAAGACUCAAAGUUAAAGAACUGCGAAAAUUUGCAUGUGUUGUAACAAUGUGCAAUAUACCGUAGAAGAACAUAAUAACGAAUUGGAAAUGUUGAUUUUGUAUAACAAUAACGUCCAUCUUUUACAUUUUUUUCUAUGCCAAGUAUUUAUAAAUUAUUAUAUUAUAGUGUUAUAUUUCCAUUUUAAGGUAUAGUAUCGUCACAUUCUUCUGCUGUUUGGGGUUUCAUCCUUAGCACAAAUGCAACUCGCAAAAACAAAAAAUUGUAAACGCUAUUUAUAUUUCUGUACAAGUUUUUUUUAUUUAAUGAACUCAUUAAUGACUUUAUUUAUUUUUUUUUUUUUUGUUCGUGAAGUCAAAUAGUAUAUGUAUAAUGUAAGUUUUCUUAUAUAGUAUUUUUAUAUUCUAACAUUUAUAAAAUAAUAUUAUGUACUUACAUAAUUUAAUGUAUAAUUUUCUGCAUGAAUAAAA